UCAAUUAUAAUUCAAUUAGUUCGAUUCUGAUUUCACUUUAAAUCCAAACAAAUUCGACCCUACCAAAUAUUCUAAUUUUGAGAAGGUCAGGAAUUAAGAUGACCUCUUUGUAAUUUUCUGAACAGAAACAGAACAGAAGCGGAGAUGCAGAAGUUGAAAACGGUGCGUUUACACUUCAGCUACUGUCUUCUUCGUCAAUCGUUCUAUUGUUAGGGUUUUCAGAGUUGCUGAUCUCCUACAUUUUCUUCCAUCAGUGACAUUCACCCACCCAAUGAGAUUCAAAUAGCGCGUUUUCAACAACCCAAUUUCGAACAACACCUCCAUUCUCCUAACUUUUUGUUACCCUAACUAUCGAAAUCCGACAGGAACCUGCGACACGUUAGUGGUAUUUACAGUGGUAAUGACUUACAUGGAUGAGGAUGGUUCUUCUGGAUCUGGAGAUGAUGCGAACAUGUUGGAUGGGCAUAAGCGUCACCCUGUUGCUGUGCCAUCUGGUUCAGGUAGCCGUAAGCGAAGCCGAAAGGCUACCGGAGAUGCCAUUGUUGACGCCAUGCUCGAGAUAGCUGCUGCUUCAAAGAUGAGGGCAAGUGUGAUCCUGAAGAACGAGGACAGGUUCUCCAUCAGCAGGUGCAUCAAGGUGUUGGAUGAGUUGCAGGGUGUUGAUGAUCGAGUCUACUUCCUCGCCUUGGACUUGUUUGAGAACAAUGCCACUGCCCGUGAGAUCUUCGUCUCUCUCAAGGGUGACAGGAGAUUGCCUUGGUUACAGGGAAAAUGUGGUGUUUCCUCUAGUUGAUCUUAUUUGUGAAUAUGGUUGGAUUUUGUUGAAUAGGUCCUACACUUUUGUACAGCCUAGUAGACUAGUAGAUUCAAAGGGAUUAUGUAUAUAGAGUUUGAGUUUUGAAUUAUCGCAGCACCACUUACCCCAAGAGUUCAAAGUUAUUUGCUGUUUUAUGAA